AUGGCUACCAUCUACAUCGACGAGGACAUCGGCAAAGACGAGCCCACCCAGCAGGGCACCCAGGAAUCGCCCUUCAAGACGCUUCAAUUCGCGUACCUCCAGCGCCCCGCCGAGGCCUCAUACCUGACCCGCAAGUCCCAGAGCGAGGACGAGGCCGCGAAGGAAUGGAAGCCCGUCGCUAAGGCCGGCCUGAAGAAGGCAGUCAACUACUACGAGCAGCAGAAGAAGAAGGCUGCCCGCGAGCAGGAACUCACCGCCCAGCGUGCAAAGGAAGAGGCAGAGCGCGCAAAGGUUCUGGAGGAGGCCAAGAAGGUCGUCAUUGAGGAAGACACCAGCCUGCCCCAGGCCAUCAAGAUCAAGCUGGACGAGACGGGCGACCACAUCAAGCUGCGCAGCGGCCAGGACUCCGAGAACAAGGGUACUCGUGUGAAGGUGCUUGGCCGCGUGCACCGCGAGCGCAAGCAGAAGGAUGUCCUCUUCAUUACGCUGAGGGACGGCUACGGCUUCAUGCAGGUCGUCAUCGCCGGCAAGCUGGCGAAGACUUACGACGCCCUGACCUUGACCCGCGAGACCUCCAUGGAGAUCUACGGCGAGAUGUUCGAGGUCCCGGCCGGCGCUCACGCUCCCCUCAACCGCGAGCUUCACGCCGACUUCUACAGGAUUCCCAAGGAGUGGAAGGCUGCUGGCGGUGAAGACGCCAUCACCAACAGGGUUCAGGCUAAGGCUGAUCCCAGCACGCUGCUGGACCUGCGCCACCUCACUCUUCGCGGUGAGGUCGCUUCCUCGGUCAUGUUGGUCCGCGAUGCCAUCGAGUACGCUUUCCACACCGCAUACAAGGAGACCAGGAUCCGCAAGGUCAGCCCUCCUGCUCUGGUGCAGACGCAGGUCGAGGGUGGCGCAACGCUUUUCAAAUUCGACUACUACGGCCAGGAUGCCUUCCUUACCCAGUCUUCUCAGCUGUACCUCGAGACCGUGCUGCCGUCCAUGGGCGAUGUCUACUGUAUCGAGAAGUCCUUCCGUGCGGAGAAGUCCCUCACCAGACGCCACUUGUCCGAGUACACGCACAUCGAGGCCGAGCUGGACUUCAUCACCUUUGAUGAUCUCCUGACUCACCUUGAGCACAUCAUCUGCCGUGUCCUCGAGCUUACCAUGGCUGACCCGGUCAUCGCUGGCUACAUCAAGAACCUCAACCCCGACUUCAAGAUGCCUGAGAGGCCGUUCAUGCGUAUGAAGUACUCCGACGCCAUCCAAUGGCUGGUCGAGCACGAAAUCCCCAACGAGGAGGGCGAGCCUCACAAGUUCGGUGACGACAUUGCGGAAGCUGCCGAGCGUAGGAUGACGGACAUCAUCAACAGGCCCAUCUUCCUGACUCACUUCCCGGUCGAGAUCAAGGCCUUCUACAUGCAGAGGGAUAAGGAGGAUCCCCGCGUGACCGAGAGCGUCGACUGCCUGAUGCCUGGCGUCGGCGAGAUCGUGGGUGGAUCGAUGAGGUUGGAUGACCACGACGCGCUCAUGGCGGCCUUCAAGCGCGAGGGUCUCAACCCUGAGCCGUACUACUGGUACACCGACCAGCGGAAGUAUGGCAGCUCGCCCCACGGUGGCUAUGGCCUGGGUUUGGAGCGUUUCCUGGCGUGGCUUUGCAAGCAGCACACCGUCAGGGACUGCUGCCUGUACCCGCGCUACAUGGGUCGCUGCACGCCGUAA